AUGGUAGAGGGAAAAAGUCCCCGGCUGAGGAAUGUGUCUUCGGGGGAUGCUGGCGCAGAAUUUCCCCCUUUCCCUUGGACAGUUGCUUUAUUGGCCAGCAUCCUCAUUACCACGAUCGUAGUAGAUAUUUUGGGCAAUCUACUAGUUAUCUUCUCCGUCUUCAGAAACAAGAAGCUCAGGAAAGCAGGAAAUGCUUUUGUUGUCAGUCUGGCAGUAGCAGACUUGUUGGUGGCUGUCUACCCCUACCCGCUGGUUCUGACGGCCAUCUUCCAUGAUGGCUGGAUCCUGGGCUACAUCCACUGCCAGAUCAGUGGCUUUCUUAUGGGCUUGAGUGUGAUCGGCUCCAUCUUCAACAUCACCGGCAUUGCCAUCAACCGCUACUGCUACAUCUGCCACAGCCUCAAGUACGACAGACUCUUCUCCAACAGGAACACUGUGUGCUACGUGGCCCUGGCGUGGGUGCUCACCGCGCUCGCCAUUGCCCCCAACUGGUUCAUGGAGUCACUGCAGUACGACCCGAGGGUGUACUCCUGUACCUUCGCCCAGUCGGUCAGCUCUCUCUACACCAUUGCAGUGGUGGUGAUCCACUUCAUCUUGCCCAUUGGCAUUGUCACAUACUGCUACCUGCGCAUCUGGGUUCUGGUCAUCCAGGUGCGUAGACGGGUCAAGCCUGACCACCGGCCCAAGAUCAAACCUCACGACUUCCGCAACUUCCUCACCAUGUUCGUGGUGUUCGUGCUGUUUGCUGUCUGCUGGGCGCCCCUGAACUUCAUCGGCCUGGCGGUGGCUGUCAACCCACGGCUGGGCCUAGCAAUCCCGGAGUGGCUGUUCACCGGCAGCUACUUCAUGGCCUACUUCAACAGCUGCCUCAACGCGGUCGUCUAUGGGGUCCUCAACCACAACUUCCGCAAGGAGUACACGCGCAUCGUGCUGGCCAUUUUCAAGCCCCCCUGCUGA